AUGGUGUCUGAGGGCGAAGUUGAUCAGUCGGCAAAGGCUGCUCUGCCGGAGGAUCGGGGAUUCUCAUGGCGAUUCUGCGGCCGAAGUGCACGUGCGCUGCGUGAGCGCAGGGAGCGAGGGGAGCCCGCUAGCCAGUGUGCAGACCUGGACCUGGUGGACCUGGCGGAGGACCUGGAGGAGGACCUGGAGGCGGACCUGGAGGCGGACUUGGCGGAGGACCUGGCGGAGGACCUGGAGGCGGACCUGGCGGAGGACAUAGCGGAGGACCUGGCGGAGGACUUGGCGGAGGACAUAACGGAGGACCUGGAGGCUGACCUGGAGGACCUAGAGGCGGACCUGGAGGCGGACCUGGAGGACCUGGAGGAGGACCUGGAGGCGCACAUGGAGGAUCUGGAGGACCUGGAGGAAGACCUGGAGGCGGACGUGGCGGCGGACCCGGAGGACCUGGAGGCAGACCUGGAGGAGGACCCGGAGGACCUGGAGGAGGAUCUGGGGGAAGACCUGGAGGAGGUCCUGGAGGACUUGGAGGAUCUGGGAAAAGAGCUGGAGAAUCUGGAGGAGGAUCUGGGGGAAAACCUGGAAGAGGUCCUGGAGGAUCUGGAGGAGGACCUGGAGGAUCUGGAGGAGGACCUGGCGGCGGACCUGGAGAAUCUGGAGGAGGACCUGGCGGUGGACCUGGAGGAUCUGGAGGAGGACCUGGCGGCGGACCUGGAGGAUCUGGAGGAAGACCUGGCGGCGGACCUGGAGGAUCUGGAGGAGGACCUGGCGGACCUGGAGAACCUGGAGGAGGACCUGGAGGCGGACUUGGAGAACCUGAGGGACCUGGAGAAGGGCCUGGAGGAGGACCUGCAGGAUCCGAAGGUCCUGGAGGAGGACCUGGAGAAGGGCCUGGAGGAGGACCUGGAAGAGGACCUGGAGGUGGACCUGGAAGAGGACCUGGAGGAGGACCUGGAGGACCUGACGGAGGAUCUGGAGGACCUGGAGGCACGGGAGUCGGAAUCUGCCGACAAACGUUAG